AUGGCAGCCCAGCAGGCUCAGCCCUUCCGUUGGCACUACGACGAUCUCGACGACAAGAACUUCCACGUCCACGGCGGCGCCCUCCUUAACCUCAUCCUCCUCAUCUCCGUCUCCGUUCUCCUGUCGUCCACACUUCUGUGCCUGCUCGUGAGGUGGGCGUAUCGCCACAGCCGCAGGACGGCGGAAACAGGCUCGGUGAGCAUGGCGCCGGCAGCCUGCCUCGAACCGCAGAUCAUCGGUAGCUUCCCGGUGCCAUGCUCAUCGGCGGAAACAGGCUCGGUGAGCAUCGGGGACCGGCGAGGAGGCGCAGUGCUCGAUAUGCCUGAGUAG